AUGUCCUCCACCACCACUACAGGCUCAGGCAUUGGCAUGUCCUCCUGCUGCCUCUCCGGCAAGCUCGCAGACACGACCAAAACCCCCUCAGGCAAAGAAGAAGAAAUCGGCGGUCUGCAAGUCUACGUCGCCCGCCCUGAGAACGACAGCGUAACCAAAUCCGUCAUCUUCCUCGCCGACAUCUUCGGUUGGCGCCUCCCUAACGUCCGCCUCCUCGCAGACAACUACGCCAAAUCCGGCUUUACCGCUUACAUUCCCGAUAUCCAUGACGGCGAUUUCCUCCCUAUUGAUUUCUUGGAUACUGCGGAGCCACCUUUGCCGAAGAGGGAGGCGAGGAGCUUGACAGAUUCUGCGGCCGCUACGGCGUCCAUUGGGGCGAUGCUGGGGCCUUGGUUGAUCAAACAUCGAGAGGCGGUUGCAAGGCCGGUUAUUGAGGGGUUUAUUAAUCACGUCAGAGGCGUGCCGGGCACGGAUAAGGUGGGUGCCAUUGGGUUUUGUUGGGGCGGGAGGUAUGCUAUUCUUGCGGCGCAGAAGCCGUUCUCGGGUGCCGAGGGACGGGGUGUGGAUGCGGCGUAUGCGUGUCAUCCGAGUCUUGUUGCGAUUCCGGGAGAUUUCGACCCCGUUGUGGUACCUCUCAGCUUAGCAGUGGGAGACAAGGACUCGCUGUUGAGUAAUGAGCAGGUCGAGGAGAUUAGGAGUGCGUUGCAGAAGAAGGAGAAGGGCGAGCAGGGGGAGAAAAUCUCGGCGAGUGAGAUUGAGGUAUAUCAGGAUCAGAUUCAUGGCUUUGCGUUAAGGGGUGAUUGGAGUGCGGCGAAGGAUAAGAAGGCUAUGGAUGAGGCGGAGAAGCAGGGGAUUAAGUGGUUUGAGAAGUAUCUGGCGUAG